CAUUGAAAAAUAGAGAGAGAAACAGAGAGAGAGAAAGAGAGAGAAAGAGAAAGAACACAAAAAUGUGUAUUACAGAAGUUAAGCAGAAUUCCAAUCAUAAUAAUAAUGGUGAUGGCGUUGUAAAAAGCAAUGCUAAUUGUAACAAUGGUACUGUUCAUGAUGCUUUCAUUAGCCUUGAUAGGGGUGACCCGAAGAUGUACUACAUGUAUUGGAAAAAUGUGGAUGAUAAAUGUUCAGUGACAAUAAAAGCGUCAGACCUAAUGAGUUACUUUGCUGAUCAUGACGAGGGCGGUGUGUUCUACCAGUUGCCUGAAUUCAGUAAGGCUGUCCAUCGGAUUCAUAACGUCGUGGGAAACGCCGUGACCAAAGGUCGGUACAUCAUCGGAGGGACGGGUUCAUCUCAGCUGUUUACGGUCACCCUUGCGGCGUUGGCUUCUCGUAUCAAUUCUUGUAAUCAAAUUAAGAACAAGCGUCGUAUUCCGGUUGUUUGUGCACAACCCUACUACUCGUGCUAUGAGGAAGCGUUAGAGGAAGAGAAAUCAGAGAUAUACCAAUGGAGAGGAGAUGCAAACAAGUUUAAUGAGGAAGGGCCAUACAUAGAGGUGGUGACAACACCAAACAACCCAGAUGGUAGGCUCCGCGAGGCGGUGGUGAAAAAGAAAGGUGGGGUUGUGAUAUGUGACCUUGCUUACUACUGGCCUCAGUACACACCAAUAACUGCUCCUGCUGAUUAUGAUGUUAUGCUCUUCACCUUAUCUAAGGCUACGGGCCAUGCUGGUUCUCGUGUCGGGUGGGCAAUCGUUAAGGACAAGGAAAUAGCACUAAGGAUGAUAAAACUUAUGUCAUUAGUCACCAUUGGAACUUGUCAUGAAGGCCAACUUCGAGCAACAACCAUACUUGACUUUGUUUCUGAUAACUAUGAGCAACACCUUCCCAAUGGUAAGCUUGUGGUGGAACACCAGGAAGGGUUCUUUGAGUUCAGCCACCGCGUGUUAGCUGAGCGUUGGAAGAGGCUCAGAGCUGUUGUCAAUCGUUGUGGUAUCUUCAAGCUACCGGAUUACUCUCCUGAGAUUUGUACUUUCAUGAAUAAGUCCACUCCUCCUAAUCCUGCAUAUGCAUGGAUGGAGCUGAAAACGGGUGAAGAUGCAGAAAAGGUGAUGAACAAGCUAAAGAUUCGAACAAGGGCUGGACCGAGAUUUGGAGUCUCAUCAAAGUAUGUAAGGGUUAGCAUGAUGGAAAGUGAUGAAACCUUCAACCAAUUCCUAGAAAGGCUCUCUACUCUUCAGGAUUAGAUUGACAACUUCAAGCAACAAAACUAGUAGGAGUAUAUAACAUAUCCCUAGGCUUCAUCCGAUAUGUUAGGUAUUCUAUCAAGAAUAGUAUAAUAAUAUGACAAAACUAUACAUCGAUGGACAGAAAAUGUAGCUAGAGAAACCAGUAACCGUCUGCUAUGUUUCUCUGUUAGCCUUAUGGUAAGAACUAAGAAAUAGUGUUAAGAAAUAUAGUACGAAAUAUGUUCAUCCUGCAGUAACAGUGAUGUCUAGUAUUAGCCUCAUGAUAAGGAGCAAGAAAUAGUAUAAGAAAUAAAAUAUGAAACAUGUUCAUCCUGCAGUAGAAGUGAUGUUUAGUUAUAAAGUUGUAGUAUGUAUGUACCAAUGUGUUAAACUUGAAUUAAUAAUAAGUUUUAUGG